AUGAUUGUGAGAGCUACAGUAGUCUCAUUCCUCGUUUAUUUCGUAUCAAAGCUAUCCCUUGAAUCUCGCCUAACUGCUAUAUGGUUGCACUGUACAAUGAUCCUUCUUCUAUUGGGAUCAUUGAUCACUGAAGUGAUAACUAUCACUAUGCAACUGAUAUCAAUAUCAGUUCACUUGAAGCCAGGAUAUACUUCGGCACCAACUGCAGCAGCAAACUCGGCUGCGAAUGAAGCAGUCACGUUAACAUUCGCUUUUGCGGUAAGAUCAGCAGCGAAACUAGCAGAAAGUUCAGCAGCUGCUUCGGCGGUGAUGGUUGCUCCAGCAUCAAUUUGGGCAGAAUAUCAAUUCAUGGAUGAUAACGAAAUUGAGUUCAAAAAUUGUGAUAUUGUGUUAAGGAAUUCGUCUGCUUCAUGA